CCACACUCUAGUGAAAAGCUUCUUGAAAAUGCGCCCUUAACAGCGGCGCCGCCAUGUUGACCCGGGUUCCACGGUCUGGGACCAAUACCAGAUCGUCCUUGCCAUGUGGAAGCCUUCAGGAUAUGACGAGGAAUAUCGAGAAGGCAGGCAUUAGUAAUGUUACUGAUUUGUGGGAAACUCACCAGCCUAAUUCCCAUGCCAGCAUUAUAUGAUCUGAGGUGUUCCUCGGAGGCAGAUAUCCUGCGAGACGCUCGAACAGGCAUGCCAUUAGAACCUCCCUCCGUGCUGCUUUGAUACAACCCAGCCCCUCUUGUGUGCUUUUACCCCCCUUUGGCGCAAUUCCCGCAGCGACUUCAACACUCUCUCCCCAUCCCCUUCCUCUGCAGGCCAAACUUCAACGCAUCGUCCUCAGUUCACUCAUCCUCUUGAGUUCUGGCCGUUCACCCACUUCCUCAUCGCCCCGUACAACAACCCGUCUUCAACAUGGCCGACGACUCGCGCACCGAAACAUCCUCUCAGCUGUCCUCACCGGCAGACCAUGGGUCAGUCGACUCCGGGUUCGUAUCGCCAAACCUGUCAACUGUCAGCCUGCCGCGGAUAGCCCUCACCCAGCCGCACCUCCAGCACCUCAACAAGCAGCUCGAGUCCAUGCACCCCAGGGACAUUCUCCGUUUCUGCAAGAUCUUCUUCCCCAGCCUCUACCAGUCGACGGCCUUCGGCCUGACCGGACUCGUCACCGUCGACAUGCUCUCCAAGCUGGACAAGGAGUCGCCCGAUUCGCAGCAGAUUGACCUCAUCUUCCUCGACACCCUCUACCACUUCCAGGAGACGUACGACCUCGUUGAGCGCGUCAAGGAGCGGUACAACGUCAAGGUCCACGUGUUCAAGCCGGCCGAUGUCGAGACUGUCGAGCAGUUCGAGGCGCUGUACGGCGAGAAGUUGUACGAGACCUCAUCCGACCUGUACGACUGGAUCGCCAAGGUGGAGCCGCUGCAGCGCGCCUACUCCGAGCUCAAGGUGGCCGCCGUGCUCACGGGCCGGCGCCGGUCGCAGGGGGGACAGCGCGGGAGUCUCCCCGUCAUCGAGUUGGACGACGAGCGCGGCGUCAUCAAGAUCAACCCGUUCGCCAACUGGUCCUUCGCCCAAGUCAAGGACUAUAUCACAGAGCACAAUGUGCCCUACAACGCCCUCCUUGACCGGGGAUACAAGUCGGUCGGCGAUUGGCACUCGACGGUCCCCGUCGCCGAGGGCGAGGACGAGCGUGCCGGCCGGUGGAAGGGCCAGGACAAGACCGAGUGCGGCAUCCACAACAAGCAGAGCCGGUAUGCCCAAUGGCUCGUCCAGCAAGCGGCACGUCAGCAGGGACAGCAGGUUCAGGCCUGAAGUUCUCGAGAGAGUGGCCACAGGUCGCCUCUACCUAAUCGCCUAAAGUCCGUUGAA